AGUGAAUCGAAAUAGAUUCUAUUUCACUGUGUUACACACCACCAUUCUACAAUAUCUCGAUGAUGAUUUAACCACCAUAGUUUUAACCGGAGGACUAUUAAAUAGGAAUGAUAAUCACAAAAUGAAUUCGAAUAUUCCAUAAACAUUUGAGUGCCAUGUAUCAUCAAUUCCGAUAAUGGAAAAGGAAAAAUCAGUUCGAAAAAAAUCGUCCGAAAAAUGUGCUCAACCAUUUCCCGAUUCAAUCUUUGACCAAUCCGAUGCGUUCAAACGAAUUGCCGGUUAUAAGGAACGGGAAACGGCAUUUUUGAAAACAUUAAAAGAUACAAUCGAUAUGGAAGCACAAUGUAACAGUGAUAAGAAGCGUAAACACUCAACCGGCAGCGGACCGUCGUCAUCAACGGCGGAUGAUAGUUCGUUCAGUGCGGACAUGCUGAACGAUGAAUGUGAUAAAUAUUUGCUACCAUUGAUACAACGAACGGGACCAUCAAUAUCGGCUGCAAUAUCAACGGCUGGAGCUAUCGAUCAAUUGGAUAAAUUGCAUGGAAUACUUGAGCAUUUGCUGCAUAUGCAAGAACAAAAUUAUCGGUUACGGAGAAGUACAAGAGAUGUGGACACUUUGACCGGGUUGAAAAGGAUGCACGAACAGAUAAAUAAAGAUUCCGACUCAUUUAUGGCUGGAAAUUCUACCUUAACCGAUCCAUAUUCCGACAUGGAACUGGAAUACAAUGAAGCUCUACUCGAAACAAUUUUAGCCGCUGGUAACAGUGCAUCGAAUAAACGAAACAGCUCCAAACGUAACCGAUUGAGAAGCAAGUCUGUCUUUACUGACGACAUAUUGUCUAUGCCAGAUAAAGAAAACAAAUCAUACACGUUACGGAGACAAAGUGCGGUCGGCAGUGAUAUUAAAGCAAAAGUGUCCAAAUGGACAAAAGUCAAAGCUGCAUUUAAAUGGGAACGAGCAAAUGUAUCGUCGAUGAAUGAAGGCAAAAGUACAGAUUCUGGGAUCGGACUAAGUCCGAUCAAUAAUGAAGUGGCAAGGUAUCUUCGGGUGCCGUCGAUUCCAUGUACGGGAAGCUCGGCUGAUUCGGUGCUCAGCUCGUCGUCUGGUCAUCUGCUCAGUGGCAGUUCGGUGCCACCGACACCGGGAACAAUGAGUUCAGCGAGUUCGGUCGAAGACGUUGGUGCUAUAUCUGAGGAAUUUCGUCACCAUCGAGAUUCAUCGAAAAGUGAAUCACGAUCCGAAUCACGAGCUACCCACGAUGAAGAUGCUCGACGAAGUCGGUCGCUGGAUGGGGAAGCUACCCUGUGUUCAUCAGUCACACGCCAUCUGGACAAGCAAAGCAAAAAUAAAACACCAUGGCGGAAAGUGAAAGAUAUUAUUCAAACUCACCGCGGGUCAUUAAAGGGAAAAUCACGUUCACGAAGUGUUAAAUCUAACAACAGCUUAGGUUGUAGUCGUGAUGCUAGUCCAAGUGAUUCAAUUGAUGCAUUUCCUACAACAGAAGCAAGUUUUCUUGUCAAUCCGGAGUCAUGUUCAUCCAGUCAAACUUCGCCAAUCAGGAAAAACUGCCCAACACUUAUGCUAACCGCACCGGGCGUGGACUCGAAUUUCGGUCCAAAUUCACCGAGUAGUCCGUUACCGAAUUUUGUCAGGCCGGAAAAUGAGUCUCGCCAGAAGACCGGGGCAUUGUCGCGUAGCUCACGCAAAGGAAAAAUACUUUUAGACAUUUGUAGCUUACCGGAAGGAGCACCAAUUGAGUCAAUGAAUAUGCCAGCUCGGGGAAAGCCACCUCCGAGUCCGUUGAAUUUAUCUAGCAGACAGGACUCGAGCGAUGCAGAACCGAAUGACCAUUCAAAUUCACCAGUUCUAUCGCAUAAGCCAUUCAAAUGGUCUAAGGUUCGAAAGCCCUUUGCAACCAUCAAUUCAUCGGCACCUAAUAGUCCUGUUCAACAAUUGGAGUUUUUCGGUGGAUUCGAUAGUGAAGAGUUGUCGAGUGGCGAUUUCUCCGAACCAAACACUCCACACUUACAUCUUUCGCCGAAAAACAGUCUGACACUACAGCAAGACGAAAUCAAUCGAAAAUAUCAAGAACUUCAGCAACAAAUUAGUCUCGAAUUUCAAGCGAAACAAAAAGAAUGGGAAAGAAUUCGGACAUCUUCCGUGGCAGUAAGUUGUCCAGUUCCGUGUCUGCAAAAUGAUUUGAACAAAGAUUGCAAAGGUGGAGCAAUAUCGAAACCAAUCGAAGAAAAUCUUACACCGGAUUUCAAGAAGAAACUGCAAGAAUGGCGAAUAAAAAAGCAACAGUCAAUCACAACGAAUGUAUCGAAAGACUCUCAAUCGUCGCCGACAAAGGAAGGAGACGGUAAAAAGAUUGAUUGGAACCUAUGGAAAACUGGUCUCUUAAAGCUGGAGGGACAGGGGUUGAAACCGCUUCCUGACGAAAAGAACUUACCGGAAGAUUUUCAAAAGAAGUUGGAUGAAUGGAAGCGAAUAAAGUCCGGUGGUACAUCAUUGUCAGCAGUUGGGGACGUCAAUGUGAAACGACAAUCAUGGAAAUCUAGUCAGGCUAGGAAAUUCGAGUCGACGAAAAAGCUAAAAAGUGACGACUUCGAAAGGGAACGCCAGAGAAUAGAGCGUGAUCGCAGCAAAUUUAUGGAAAAAGAAAAGCUGGAGAAAUUGUCUAAAUUAAAGGCGAUGGUCGCUGAGCCGCCAACAAAGGAAGUAGUCGUUCAGACAUCGGAGGGUGUUCUAAAAUUUGAAGGGAUCUCGAGAAAGUUUACACGAAAAUUAUACGAAUGGGAAAAAGCACGCGGUAUCGGACCGGAAGCAUCCACAUUUGCACUGUUGCAUCCAGGAUACAGACCGCUGCUCGUUGGUGAUGGUGACGGUGAUAAUGGAGACGAAAACAAAGGUUCACCAAUUGCCCGUUCACUGUCCAUGGACAGUGUAUCACCGAAUCCAUCUGCGACGUCUAUAUCUCACCAACCGUCUAGUCUAAGUCUCAAUAACGUCGAUGAUUUGAAAGACACAAACAGUAUUAAUGACCGGCUAUCGUCAUCCAAUCCAGAGCUUGAUGUUACCGAUGAACCUGAAGCUGUUAUUGUGGAAGUUGAAGAUGAUUAUGUGGAAACCGCCGCUCCACUGUUAGCAGCCACACCAAUGAUCGAAGAGCAAACACCUGUGUACCGAUAUGAACAAACCCGAAAAGAAUUUUGUGCGGGUAACAAAGAGCCGGUGUUCGUUGGAGAUAAAUGUUCGAAGAAUUCGCAGUCCACUUCAAGAGCACUUCAAGAUGCAACGCAAUUAGUUUCGACAUUUCACGAUGUUAAACAUGGAUUUAAGGAAAACAUUUUGCACGUCAAAACUGUCCUGGACUCGUUGCUUAAAACUCUUCCGAAACUGAAAGAAAAUUUGGCUUACAACUCGACCGCUUUGUUGGAUUCAGUGGAACUGGUUAAAGACCUUGCAGUCGAUAUCAAUAAAAAGUUGACGGCUUUAGAGGAAAGUGAAGGAUCGAAGGAUGAAUUGGAUGAAAGAAUGGCGGCAAUCGAUAAUCAGCUAAUUGCUCUGAGAAAGACCCUCAAUUUCCUUUGCAAACAUACUGACUCAAAGCCUGCGAAACCCGAAACGGUUCCGCCGGAUAUAAACAUCAUUCCAGAUGACGUUGAGAAAAGCGUUGCUACGGUAAGCGUUUGCCUACCGCCAGCAGCAUUUCAUGGUGAAGUCAUCGUGAAUCAAGUGCAGGUGAUGGAUGACCGGAGUAUGCACAACGACGAUUCAAACUUUGCCAGCCAACGAUUACCUGAUUCACCAACGGGUAGUCGAGCACCGAUCAGCGAACAAGACGCUAAACGAAUAACGAAAACGCUAAGCAACGGUUCCAAGCGAAAGACCAAGCUCCGUCGACUCGGCUCACGGCAAAACAGCAAAACCGAAAGUGAUAGUGAUGAGGGUAUGCAGAACGUUGUUUUGGACGCACCGCGUCGUGUCAAACGCAAAACGAGUCGGGCCAAAAAAGUAUCAGAGCCGGACAAAGUGGCCGAUGAAUCGAACCCGAACGAUGAUGUGGUUUAUGUGUUGAAAAUCAAACCGAGUCUGAAAAUUGAACCAGCCGAAUUGCAGUUAGAUGAUGUUGCCGUACCUGUGUCACCGGACGCGAAUGUUUGUUUGUCGGCGAAUAAUGUUUUCGUUAAGACGAAACGAAAAAUAUUCACUCCGGUCGAAGAUACGCACAAUAACAUUGAGGCCGUUAUUGUGAGGGACAUAGAAACUUCGAGUGGAUCAGAUAGAAAUGAAAGCGACACGAAAUGUGUGGACACUCCUGUGUGUCCAGUGGAAUCUGACAAACUUGUCACAAAUUUACCUCCGAUUCCGCAGUCACCCGGCAUGCAACGUCGCUUGGACAAGUCGAAAACGAUAAAUCAAAAAGAGCCAUCGUCAGCGAUUCGCUUUAUGAUUGCGAAAUACGAAAGACGAAAUAGUACCGGCACUGGCACUGGUUCGUCUUCGCCUACAGCUUGGCGGUCACCACUUAUGGAACGACGCAUUCGUGUACAAACCGAAAAAUAUAUGGGACAAAUUACAAAGUCAUCGAGUGCGGGCAAUGUGCGUAAAGAAAAUAACCGGAAGGCGUCGUUGAACAGCAACUUUGAAGUAGAACGUCACGUUAAAGGAGUGUUGAAGUCAUCGAGUGCAGGUGUGCUAAACGAUAGUAAUAAAAUGUUUUCAACCUCGUCAGUGAACACGUCGAUGUGUCGAGACUCGCUGGCUUGUGAUAGUCUUGAAAACAUCCAUUCAACUCUGAAGAAAUUACCCUCUGAUAUCGGUCUGUGUGUGGACGAUAAACGAUUAGGCUUCUAUAAGAAAAAUGUGGACAGUACCGGAGUGGUGAGAAUGUCAGCAUCAACCGGAGCAGUACGCAAAAUCGUUACAAAACAAGUUCAUGAAGAUGACCAGUGUAAAAAUGAAGAAAAUAAUGACAUACCACUCGACAAAUCGGUCAACACUGUGCCGAAAAUAAAACGCAAGAACGAGGGAAAACCUCCAUCGCCCAGGUCGCAGCAUCGUCCCAUAAAAGCGUAUCUAGAAUUGAACUCCAGAAAUACCAGUCCUGCCGUUCGGGAGAGCUCAUCAUCGUCACAAAUUGCACAUCUCAGCGAUCGUGCUCUUAAGUUAAAAAAAGCGAAAGACGAAUUUCUGAACCUGAAUCGCCAUUGCUACUGUCCGGGCGAGGAGAUCUGGAAAAAUCGUCUCAGCCAAAUUAGUGCCGGUAGCGAGAGUAGUAAUGAUGAUUGUGCUUUAGUUAAAAGCGCUAGCGUCGGCGUUAUGGAUAAAGAUUUAAAAAAGAACAUGGGGUUCGUAUCACUGCCACGGAAUGCCAAUCGGUCAACCAAUUCACCGGCUACCGUCGAAAAGUUCGGACUAUCGACCAUAGCGUCCAAAUUCCGUAAAGUAAAAUUGCGAAAAAAUUCCAAAGAUCUACCGGCUAUGAAAACGGUCACCGAACUGUGUCGUCAGAUUCUCGAAGUGGACAUUUCGAAGCAGCGCAAAAGCGACGAUAGUCCAAACGUUUCGAACACUAAAACGAAUCGAACAAAUGACGAGAAAAUUUCCAAAUCCGGUUCAGCUAAUACUUUAGGCUUAUCGACAAUAUUCCGACGCUUGGAUCGAUCAGAGAAAUUGAAAAAAUCGAAAAGCAUCGGUCAAUUGGAAAUGGACGAUAAAGAAUAGUGUGUAUGCUGUACGUGUACGUACAGGUUCGAUGUUUCAUUCAUUGUUAACUUUUCUAUCAAUUUUUUUUGUUCUUUUCGUUUUCUCGUUUUCCUCCCCGUAUUUAUUGGUCAUGCCAUUUUUUGUAAUUUUUUAUAUGUUGUUAUCAUUGAUGUAACUGUGUCACCAAGACACUAACAUAGAAAUUAAUGUCCCUAUAAAUAUUUAUUUAUGUCAGUUAUUGAAA